AUGGCGUCGAGCACAGUUAUACACGCGGAUAUUACUAUUCCACCCACUCCAGAUACGUGGACUCCAGCGCCGCCAUCUGGCGCAAAGAUUGCAGAGUACAAGAAUCGACGAUUGUUACCAGUCGGACCUGCAUAUCUCGCCCAUGCACGGCGAAUCUUGAACAAGAAGACUUUUGCAGAGGACGACCGAGAUGAAGAGCUAAAGGCAGCGGAUGCCAUCGCCGCGGGCACAGAGGGCCCGAUAGAAGAUGACCUUGGUGUCGGAGAUGAGCCUGAAUCACGCGAUUUGCUGUUAUUGGAUCCCAAGGACUGGAAGAAUCAGGACCAUUACAAGGUUCUCGGACUCUCUAAACUUCGUAUUAAUGCGACAUUGGAUCAAAUACGCGUAGCCCAUCGGAAAAAGGUCCUCAAGCACCAUCCAGAUAAAAAAGCUGGCUCUGGUGACACUAACGACGACGCUCUAUUCAAGUCCUUUGAGGUCCUCUCCCAUCCCGAACGAAGGCGGCAAUUCGAUUCUGUCGACCCGUACUUUGUCGAUCUCGAACAGGAUCCGCCCACUGCCAGCCAAAUCUCCGCCUCGCCAGAGGCCUUCUUCUCCAUCAUGACCCCAAUCUUUGAGCGAGAAGCUCGCUUCUCCAAAAUACAACCAGUCGUUCCACUCGGCUCGCCAGAUGCGACCAAGGACGAGGUCGAGGGCUUUUACGACUUUUGGUACAACUUUGAUUCAUGGCGGAGCUUCGAGUACAAGGAUAAAGAAGUCAACGAAGGAAGCGACUCGCGUGACGAUAAGCGAUACACGGAGAAGAAGAAUAAGAAUGAGCGUGCACGGCUAAAAAAGGAGGAUACCGCCCGUGUCCGUGGGCUCGUCGACCUGGCCAUGGCUCACGAUCCUCGUAUCAAGCGUAUCAAGCAAGAAGAAAAGGCUGCUCGCGAGGCCAAGAAGAAGGGUGGGGUCGUGGGCAAAGGAAAGCCUACAGCGGCUCAACUCGCGGCCGAAGCUGCCAAAAAGGCCGAAGAGGAAAAGGCACAAAAGGCCGCAGAAGAAGCUGCAAAAGCAGAUGCCAAAAAAGCAAAAGCCGCUGCGGCGAACGCUGCUAAAAAGGCACGAAGAGCCGCUCGUGCUGCUGAAGAUGCGAGUGGAUCUGGGACACCUGCAUAA